GUACAUGUUUUAUUUUGUAAAAUCCUACUUUGGUCCUGAUUAGGAGUUCCACUGUUGAUUGUUAGUCCUGUAAGUGAUAUGAUGAUAAGGGUACAUGCGUUUUGAUUAUGUUUGUAUUCACUGAGUUUAUCUGAGUUUUUCUAGUUUAUCUGAGUUUUAGUAAUCUUUUUAGGUGUAUGCCUCGGGGAGCUGUGUUGUGGCCAUUAUCUCUUGGGACUGGCCUAGCCUCUUAUAUAUUAUUUGUUCUUGUAUGCAUCAUUUGAAUAGCAUUUGUAAAUCAUGCAAUGGUCAUGCCACCACUACCUUCCCUUGAGUGAUGCAUUUGUUUGAUUUAAAAUUCUAAUUUCUAUAAAAGAAAUGGGUUAGAUGGAUUUAUAGAUAACUGCCAAAUUAUGUAGAAGAACAUUAAUAAGAAAGUAAGAAGUAGUCUUUUGGUUUGGACAUGACGGUAGGGUGACCUUCAAACCCAAUCCAUGAAAUAUCCAUCUGGUGAAUCGUGUAAAAUGAUGCGUUAUGUGGAAGGGCAUGCUUGAAUUCAAGGUGAUUUUGUUUUGUGCUCAGGAAGAAGAUGAACAACAUGAAGUUGUAUGUCAGGAGGGUGUUCAUUAUGGAUAAUUGUGAAAAGAGUUGAUUCCUGAGUACCUUGGGUUAGUGAAGGGUGUCGUUAAUUCGAAUGAUUUGCCUCUUAACAUCUCUCCUGAAAUGCUUCAUCAUAAAAAGAUUUUGAAGGAAGAAUCUUCUGAAGAAGUGCAUUGAAAUGUUCAAAAAAAAAUCUCUAAAAACAAGGACUAUGCUAAGAUUGGGUAUUCAUGAUGGAUUGCCAGAGAAGAGCUACGAUUGCAGAUUUGCUUCUGUACUACUAUACAAAGAGUGGAGAUGAGAUGACUAGCUUGAAGGACUAUGUCACCAGAAUGGAGGAGGGACAGAAGGAUAUCUACAUCACUGGUGAAAGCAAGAAAGCGGUUGAGAGAGGCUAUGAAGUUCUGUUUAUGGUCGACCAAUAUGCAGUUGGGCAGCUGAAGGAAUACGAGAAAAGAAGAAGUCUUUUGAGAGUCUUUGCAAAACCAUCAAGGACAUUUCGGGUGACAGUGGAGAAAGUUGCGGUUUCUGACAGAAUUGUGGAUUCUCCUUGCUGCUUGGUGACUGGAGAAUAUGGGUGGACUGCGAAUAUGGAGAGGAUUACGAAAGCUCAAGCAUUAAGGGAUAGCAGCAUGAGUUCUUACAUGUCAAGCAAGAAGACUAUGGAGAUAAAUCCUGAUAAUGGAAUCAUGGAGGAGUUGAGGACGAGAGCCUGGGCUGAUAAGAACGACAACUCCGCCAAAGAUUAGGUGGUGAUGUUGUUUGAGACUGCACUUUCGACUUCUGGUUUUUGAUAGGAACCAAACACCUUUGCAGCGAGAAUUCACAGGAUGUUGAAGUUAGGACUGAGCAUCGAGCAAGAGGAAGAAGAGGCUGGUGAUGAUGAUGAGAUGCCUGCACUCUAGGAACAUGCAACUGAAGAGAGUGAGAUGGAGGUCAUCUGUUAAAAAUUAGGUUCUGUUUGUUUUUUGUGUCGAGUACCUCUGUGAAUCAUAUGGUAAGGGUCGUUGAUAUUUUGGUA